UGUUACCAUAGUUACGAGUGUUUGACCGGUAGUCAAACUAAAUACAUGCCAUUGAAAAACGGCGCGGAUAAUUUUUCGAAUUUUUUAGUCAACAAACAAUCUCGCCAAGAUGGCACCGUCGUGGCGGCUCGGGUUUUCACCUUCGCAACAUUUAAAAACCAUGUGAGCAAGACGUUCAAAUAUUAAAUGACUGGAAAGCGUCAUAAAGAACCGACGUCGGGGUAUGACGUAAGCAGCAAGUGACGACGGCGAAUUCGGUCAAUAUAAAUAUUUAUUUAUUUUAUUUUAUUUUAUUUUAUGAAGCUAGCUAAGCUAGGCGUUUGUGUAUUUUUGGGGAGAAGAUGGUAAAUCUGCGUUAAAAAUGGCGCCAGUCAAACCGGAUAUAAGGUUUGCGGGGACUUGGAGUCUAUCGCGUGCAGACGACACCCUGGACUGGUUUCCAGUCAAACUCUGGGCAAAUUUAAAACCGAGUUUUUGAAACAGUUCUCCAGCCGCUUGUCGUUGGUUCCACGCGCCUGCGACUGACCCUUGACUCCGAGCAGAAUGGCCGUCUCUGCCUCCCUGACGCCUGUGCCUCUGUCCCAGCUUGUGGAGGAGGGAAGAAAAAGCGUACCGAACCAUCUACUGGAAUCAAAAAUCUACGUCAAAGAGAAAAGCAACGGCCGUAUCCAAGUGGAUCCUUCUGAACUUCAUUUCAGCGGCUUCAAACUGGAGAAAGACUACGUGAAGAGCGUGAGACUAAUCAACAUCUCAUCCAGAGUGCUAAAUAUUCACAUCAUCCCCACCCAAAGCAAGCAUUUCCGAACAAACUACGCCAAAAAGUGUCGGCUCAUCCCUGGCCUCGCCUACACGGUGAAAGUCAAAUUCUGUCCUCACGAUUGGUCCCGUGUUUCCGACUGUAUUCGGGUUCACUGCGAGGACGAUGAGAACCUUUUAAUUCCAGUUCACGCGUACCCUGCCACCGCUCAUGUGCAUAUCCCAACGCGCAUUGACUUACCAGCUGCCCCGCUUGGACAAAGUGUUAGCCACAUCAUUCCACUGAGCUGUCGAUCUCCCGCUGAUUUGGAGUUUGAAGUGCAACUUAUUGAACCGCAUGAGGCCUUCUCCAUCCACCCACUGAAGGGUGUGAUCCCAGCCAACGGUCAAUCCGAGGUCACCAUCACCUUCAGACCCUGCCGCUACGAGACUUGCCAGGCCACCGUUCGACUGCUCGUCUCACAGUUCAACACCAAAUCCUACCUCUGUACCGUCACCGGAAGCUCCGUCCCUCUCCUUGCUUUCAGGGAUCUUGCUCUUCAGGACACACCCGUCAAAGGUAAAGGAUCUUUACCAGCCAUCCAAGUCCAAAGUCCGGUCAAACAAAAGUCUACCAAGGAUGUCGUCAAACCCAAGGGUGCCUUAGGAUGUCCAACUGGGCGAAAGCCAGGACCAAAGCCCCUGGUGGAUGCCUCCACCCACGCGGGGGUGGCAAAGAUGUUGCAGAAGGACAGCAGCAAACUUGGCGCUGAAAACCUCAGUGAGAGUCUGAAGAACAGGCAGAAGAAGGAGGCUCUUUUCCUAAAAAAGGUUCAACUCAAUGUUAAAGAAGAGCAAAUCAAUCGCCUGAAAUUGCAAGUCCAUCUAGGUAAAGACCCAGUGUCACACUCAACCAGGAACCAAGUAUUGGAGGACAGACUGGUUUCAUUACAACAGUACAAGGUUAGUAAAGGAGCUGUUAGACAAGAUGAAGACUUUACCAGCGGACCACCCAAACUUUACUCAAUCCGGCUAAUAUCUGACGCAGGGCAGGUCCCCAAGGGAGCUCCAUCCUUCCAGUUUCACCCCAACUUUCAGUGGGCGCUUAAACAGAGAGCCCUCAAACUCUUCCAGCAAGCAGCACGCAAGGUUGUGAUGCAAUGUCGCAUGAAGCGGAUUCUGGCCUUGUGGAGAAAUCUACCGGACACUGCGGCGGGGUUGCUCUUAGCCGAUAAAGUUGAAAAGGAGGAGGCGUGUGUCAUGAAGAUCUCCCCUGACAGAAUCUUUCCAUCUUCUUUCCCGCUUUUCACUGAUGAAGCUGAUCCACUGGCUCUUGACUUCCCUGCACUGCCUGUGGAUGCUGUAGAUGUGAGGGUGACGACACAUGUUCCUACCUUCAAACUCCAAGUCCCGCAGUACUACAAGCUGAUGGGAUACCAGCCUGUUUCAGCCUGGGAUGCUUUUAACGCCUUCAUUCCCACUACGUUAGCUCGACCCCUUCUCACGGGAGAUGCGGAGGAUGGUUUCCAGUCACCUACACCGGGAGAGGAGGACGAACAAGAUGCCAAUGAUCUCAACUUUACUCUCCCUAGCGCUCUUCUCAAACCCAUUCCCGCACACCCGCUCAGAAUCUUCAACCCUUGUCCUGGCCUUCAGGCGUACAAGCCAACUCCUAAAUAUCUGGAAAGCGAUGUGGACUUUCACCUUUGCCCGUUGCCUCGUUAUUCAACCGCUGAGAGCCACUUAAGUGGGAUGGAGUCACAAAACUUACAAAUGCAGACUCUGGAUCCAAAGGGAGCUAUCACAGGGUUGAAGACAUGGGACAAUUUUGACUUGGUCACUGCAACAUGUGUGUCCAGACAGGCUGCUUUGAGCAGCAACAUCCUGCACGGUUCUGCUGACUACAACAAAGAGAUCCUUCCUGUCACAUCACCCGCUGCUUUCACCCAGCCUCCUCCUUAUCUCUUAGGAUGUACAGACAAAAGGUGCGACGUGACGCUAACCCCAGAGAUGAUCAAGAAAGAAUUUAUGUCUGGUUUCCAGUGACAAGCGAGCCACAGAAAGAGAAACUGGUUUGCUCAGCGGAAGGUCGACGUGCGCUUGGUACAGAAGAUUUGUCUUCCACUCUGAUGACCCCUCUCCGGUGGAGCAAGCUUAUAUAAGCUACGUCACAAAGGAGUACCAAGUACAUGUAAAAAAUAUCAAGUCCACAGCCUACUUUUGCGUUCAGUUUGGAAUUGUUAUUGUCCACAACAGACAACCGACGCAUGAUGGCUUUGUGGACAUCAGGCAGAGAUGGAAAUGAAUUGAUCUUUCCUAGAUCGGAAAGCGAGUAGAGACCCCAUCCUAAUUGGUGGCUUGGCUGUGAUAGGCCCAAUCAAAGUAUCAGCGGAAAGAGCACAUCCAGAUACUGAUGAACAAUGACCUUUACGCUUUGCUUCAAUCAAAGCCUAAAUUGUAAGCCAGCACGUUCUUGCAUUUGCGUUGACCUUCCGCGAAUGUACUUGGCAGGGUUCACUCACACGGCAACCUCGAAUGGAGCUCGACAGACGUAACCCAACUACUUUGGCCAGGAAAGAAAUCUAAUUUUACCCCUUGUUCUUCAGAGACCGCUGCCUGUAGGUCAAUUUUGCACCAUCACGGAGUCCAACCCCCGAAAGAGUGAACGGGACUAGAAUGCUUAUUGUUCUGCGCCCCAAGUCAGAGAUAAGACGGCAUUCAUCAAGCCAUCUGCCUUUUUGAUCUCACUUGUGCAUCUUUAAUAAAAUCCCAU